GUGCCAUGCCCUUUCUUGUGAUUGCUUGAGGUCUUUUGGGGGAGGUGAAGUGUAUUCUCCUUUGGAAAAAUCUUCCGUCCGAAGAAGCAUUAAAAACCAGCCUACAGAACACCUCUCACCCCGAUUUUGGAUGCUGCUGGAGUUACGGGUUACAGACACUGCACCGGGAUUUUAUGGAGGCGGUUCAAGAAAAAUAGAAGAAAGCAACACCUACAGACUUCUGUUUGCAACAGUCCCGGCCAUUUACCCUUUGGACGUCAUCUGGAGGAAAUGAAGGACAGCUCUGUCCCCUGGAUCUAAGAGAUUACCUGAGUCUCUUGCGCUACAUACGUGAUGUUUGCAAGGUUGUAAACUCAAAAUCUUCUGACACAAAUUCAUUAAAUUCUGUAUUUUCUUUCUAUUGAGAACUUCGGCAGAAAAAAACACUUCCUGCCCAAAGGAUACAAAAUCUUCUCAGUGUUUUCAGGCUAAAUGUGAACCAUAAUGUCGUGGAAGAGAAAUUAUUUUUCCGGAGGUCGGGGUAGCGUCCAAGGAAUGUUUGCACCUCGGAGUUCGACUUCCAUAGCCCCCAGCAAAGGGCUCAGCAAUGAGCCAGGGCAAAAUAGCUGCUUCCUCAACAGUGCCCUCCAGGUUUUGUGGCACUUGGACAUCUUCCGUCGUAGCUUCAGGCAACUCACGAGUCACAAGUGUAUGGGCGAUUCCUGCAUCUUUUGUGCUCUCAAGGGAAUCUUUAACCAGUUUCAGUGUAGUAGUGAAAAAGUGCUUCCAUCUGACACUCUCCGCAGUGCUCUGGCAAAGACUUUCCAGGAUGAGCAGCGUUUCCAGCUGGGAAUUAUGGAUGAUGCUGCAGAAUGCUUUGAAAAUCUCCUGAUGAGAAUUCACUUCCACAUUGCUGAUGAAACGAAAGAGGAUAUAUGUACUGCUCCACAUUGCAUCUCUCAUCAGAAAUUUGCAAUGACGUUGUUUGAGCAGUGUGUAUGUACUAGCUGUGGGGCUACUUCGGAUCCAUUGCCUUUCAUCCAGAUGGUACAUUACAUCUCCACUACUUCCCUUUGCAAUCAGGCCAUUUGUAUGUUGGAAAGACGUGAAAAACCGUCACCGAGUAUGUUUGGUGAACUGCUGCAGAAUGCCAGCACCAUGGGGGAUCUGCGAAACUGCCCUAGCAACUGUGGAGAGAGGAUCCGGAUUCGCCGUGUGUUGAUGAAUGCACCACAGAUUAUCACAAUUGGGUUGGUGUGGGACUCUGACCACUCAGACUUGGCAGAGGAUGUCAUCCACAGCCUGGGCACCUGCCUUAAGCUGGGUGAUCUGUUUUUUAGAGUGACAGAUGAUCGGGCCAAGCAAUCUGAACUGUACUUAGUGGGAAUGAUCUGUUACUAUGGCAAACAUUAUUCCACAUUCUUUUUCCAAACAAAAAUCCGCAAAUGGAUGUAUUUUGAUGAUGCUCAUGUCAAGGAGAUUGGGCCCAAAUGGAAGGACGUGGUGACCAAAUGCAUCAAGGGACAUUAUCAGCCUUUGCUGUUGCUUUAUGCAGACCCCCAGGGGACUCCAGUAUCCACCCAGGACCUGCCUCCUCAAGUUGAAUUCCAGUCAUAUAGCAGGACAUGCUAUGAUAGUGAAGACUCAGGGAGGGAGCCCUCCAUCUCAAGUGACACUCGAACAGAUUCUUCAACGGACAGCUAUCCCUACAAACACUCCCAUCACGAGUCUGUGGUCAGUCACUUCUCUUCUGAUUCUCAGGGGACAGUCAUCUAUAAUGUGGAGAAUGAUUCCAUGUCUCAGAGCAGUCGGGACACAGAAGUAGGAAAGGGAUCAGACCAGAGCAAAACAGACUACAUUGGGCAGUUGAUUGGAAGACACCUGACUGAUAGUGAAUGUAACCAGAAACACACAUCCAAGAAAGGGUCACUGAUCGAACGCAAGAGGAGCUCCGGCAGGGUUAGGAGGAAAGGUGAUGAGCAGCAGGCCUCAGGGUACCACAGCGAAGGAGAAACACUGAAAGAGAAGCAGGCUCCAAGGAAUGCCUCCAAACCAACCAGUGGGAUCAAUAGGCUAAGAGACUUUAAAGAGACAGUCAGUAAUAUGAUCCAUAACCGGCCAUCUGUGGCUUCUCAGACCAACCUGGGAUCCCCCUUUGGGGGCAGGGGAAGAGACCAGCCUGGAAAAAAGCUGCCUAGGAACCUGCCCUUGCACUCCCACGACUGGGAAGCAGAGAGUACCAGCAGUGAGUCCAAAUCCAGCUCUUCUAGCAAGUAUCGUCCAACGUGGAGACCGAAACGGGAGUCUCUGAAUAUUGAUAGUAUCUUUAGUAAGGACAAAAGGAAGCACUGUGGCUACACCCAGCUUAGCCCUUUUUCUGAGGAUGCAGCUAAAGAAUUGACACCAGAUGAACUAAACAAGCCACCUGCUUUUGCCAGUAAAGCUGGGGGACCAAGCCUCCGCUGUAAGUCCUGGGGCCCAGCUCGACCAGGCUCUCACCUCCUAGAGCAGCACCCCCGUCUCAUCCAACGAAUGGAAUCUGGCUACGAGAGCAGCGAGAGGAACAGCAGCAGCCCUGUCAGCCUGGAUGCAGCAGUGCCUGAAAACUUGAAUGUCUGCAGGGACGCAAGUGCUAAGAGAUCAGCUGGGUUGGUCCCUGCCUGGCAUCAUAUCCCCAAGUCUCACAGCAGUAGCAUCCUGGACGUGGAUUCCACAACAUCCAUGAGUGGCUGGACAAAGACUCAGCCUAUCUCAGGUGGAGAAAUAUCUUCCAAAAGUGAACUGGAUGAGCUCCAAGAAGAAGUGGCCAGGAGAGCCCAGGAACAGGAGCUUCAAAGGAAACGAGAGAAGGAAUUAGAGGCAGCUAAGGGCUUUAACCCUCAUCCCAGCCGGUUUAUGGACUUGGAUGAAUUACAGAAUCAGGGGAGGAGUGACGGCUUUGAGAGGUCCCUUCAAGAGGCAGAUUCACUGUUUGAAGAGUCAAUGCAUCUGGAACAGAAGGGAGACUGUGCUGCAGCUUUGGCUAUCUGUAACGAAGCAAUCUCUAAACUAAGACUUGCCCUGCAUGGUGCCAGCUCUAGCACGCACAACAGAGCCCUAAUCGAUAAGAAGUUGCAAAUCAGUAUUCGAAAAGCACGGACUCUGCAGGAUCGCAUGCAGCAGCAGCAAUCACCACAGCAGCCGUCGCAGCCCUCAGCCUGCCUCCCUUCACAAGGGGGGGUCCCUCCUCAGCCAACCAGUGAACAACCUAUCCCGCUCCAAGUACUGUUGAGGCGGGAGGCCCCGCUGGCACCUUGCACGGACACAGAGAUGGGGGCCAGUUCUUUCUUCCACUCAUCCACUCCUUGCCAAGAGUCAUACUCAUCACCAUCCCCCGAGGCUCCCGCCCCGUCUGCCUCGCAGCACAGCUCCUCUGACAGACCUGCCUCAAGCCUUCUGAUUUUGGUUGAUGCAGACAGCGCUGACCCCUCUGCAUUCCAGAGUCACAGUUUACCUAAAACACCAGGGAGGACUGUAAAGAAUCCUCAUCAUUGUCGGGAGCCAUUGGACACCCUAGAAUGUAAACUGCAACGCUACAGGGGUGCCAACAGCAGUUGCAGCAGCCUACCUUCACAGAAAGGAAGAGGAAUUGCUCAAGAACAACUUUUCCAAGAAAAGAGAGAUCCUGAUGAGCUCCCCCUGGUGUUGCCUUGGUCACACCCACCUGCAACAACCCCUUCUGAAAGAGGUGGGGCACAUAGCCCCAGCUGUAGUCCUUCAAGUUUAUCAGCUCAGCCAAGUCUUCCCCAACACAGGGAAUGCCAUCUCAUAAGGCUUACUGCUUCCCCGUCUGUGCUUCCCUCUCCUGAUCCUGUGCAGAACACUAACCAAUGCCUCCAAGCCAAAAGCCCCCAAACCUCAUUGACUUCAAAAGUGGAGGGAGGCAGUGAGGACCCCUAUAGGUCAGAAUUUCCCAACACAAAGGGGCUUGUCCGCUCUCUGGCAGAGCAGUUCCAGAGGAUGCAAGGUCCCUCCACAAAGGAUGAUAGAAGUUCCCAGGAUAGAAGUUUGCCAAGUAAUCUGAGGAAGAACUCUUCCCCUUCUGACUCUAUGUCUCCUUUCCCACAAGAUCAAGGGAAAAGUCAUAGGCUUUGGGCGAAACCGCCACCUUCUCUGGAUGGUAGGGAUAGACUUCCUUCUUGGGAAAACCCUACUGGUCAUCUGGCCGUGAACUUUGGGUUGCCUAAUGGGGAAACUUCUUGGAGAGAACAGUCCACAUUUGUAGAGCCAGAAAAAUACAAAGGGCAGCCAUCCCAAGUGAGAGAUGCUAGACCCAAGGAGCUGGGCGGUAGCAUUGAUGGGGGGACUUCCUUGCCUUGGGAUUCCUGGGUCAAUGCCACAAGGCUCUAUGAUUCUCAGCUUAAAUAUGGGGUCUCUGGGCCAGAAGUGAAGUCCUCUCCACCUACUCCCCAUACCUGCAUACCCUAUCCUGAAAGAAACCACGUCCUUUUGCAUCCACAUUGGAACCAAGACACAGAGCAGGAGACCUCAGAAUUGGAGUCUCUCUACCAGGCCAGUCUUCAGGCUUCUCAAGCUAGCUGUUCUAAAUGGGGGCAGCAGGAUGUGUCCUGGGACACAUUUAGCCAAACAGGCACUGCAGAUGGCAUGGGGAGGAGGCUGCACUCGGCCCCUGGCCUUGGUCUCUCAAAGACCCCAACAGCAGAAAUGGAAUACAGUGUCUGUGAAGCCAGCACAGUGGCAGCUUCUCAGGAAUCAUCAAACAUGCGGAAAAAGCCUUUGGAAUCCGGGCAUCGUUGUUCCAGCUCCUCUUCUCUCUCUGUCAUCCAUGACCCUCCUGUGUUUCUCCUUGAUCCCCAGCUAUAUCCUCCCCAACCACAGUACCUGCCCCCAGAUGUCCUGAUGCCCACCAUGGCAGGGGAACCCCAUAGAGCCCCAGGAACUUCGAGGAAUGUCCAGCAGUUUCUGGCUGUGUGUGACAGGGGUGAAACUUCCCAAGGGAUCAAGUACACAGAAAGGACUUUGAACUACCGGAGUCUCCCCCAUCGUUCCAGGACAGAUUCUUCUUGGGGACCCUGGUCAGAGACUAACCAGCAUGUUGGGGGCAGAUUUCUGACCAAUCCAGGGUACCAGCCUCCACUAACUCAUACUGCCACACUACCAGAAAGAUGCCAGGGACUUGGGGUUCCUCAUGCUCCUACCUCAGGGGAUCUUUUCCACUCACCCUCCCACCCUCCCAUUGUUCACCAUGUGUCCUCAGUAUCCAACAGCCGUCACGCACCCAAGAGAUCAGGAUGGAAUUCAGGCCUUACACUGCAGUCCAGAGCUCCUGGUCCUCGAAGAGUAGAUAUGCCCCCAGAGGAUGACUGGAGGCAAAACAGUUAUGCCUCUCAGUAUGGGCCUAGGAGGACUGGGGAUGGGCUUCUGUUGUUUUUGUCAGAUGCCUCCAGAAAAGAACAGCUCAGGGCCAGAACCCUGCAGCACAGCAGGUGGUAAGGGCCAGGCUUUCCUUUCUUGGAACCAUACCAGUCUUUAUAAAACAACACGGUGGGCAGACUGGUAGCCUGCAUCCCUGCCCUGUCAUGUUUGUGCCAGUUUCAUCUCAGCAUAGAAUUGCCCGUUUUCCUUAGGGAUGCCAGGGAUUUCUAAGGAGACUUGGCUCUUUGAGAAGAAAUACCUGAGGUUCCAAUUUCCAUUCAGUUAGCAAAAGGAAGCAGCAGCUACUAUUUUGGGCUUUAUUUGAGUCACUUUCAGAUGAAUCCAUAAUCUUACUGUGGAUACUAGCCAUUCCUUGUCUUAAGGUCACCAUUUUAUGCCUGGAUACUCAUAAUGUGUCCAUUUCCACUUGAACGCUCAUGCUCUAAUUACUACUGUAGUCCCAAUGUUUAAUCUGUUUGAUCUACCAAUGUCUGUUACUUGACCCUUGUUUUUCCUGGCCCCAUCCUUGAAGGAACAUGUGGUAGCCCUGUGGUCAUGGUUUUGACAAAAAUCAUCUGGAUAGCCUACCUGCCCAGGUCUUACGGCCUAUCGCCCUUCUCUGUGUCCCCAAACGUUAGCCUGGAAUGUGGAGCUACCCACAGAACGUUCACCUUUCUGAUCAGAUGGAGUCAGGCACACUAACACGUCCUCCUGUCCCCAGCAGCAGAGCCAUUACUGCCAUUUGCCUAGUUGCCAUUGUAAACUCUCAAAGUCAGCUGAACUAUUUUAGGGCCAAACAUACUGUUUUUUGUAAAGUAUUUUUCACUAAUAAAUCUAUAAGAUAGUUCUAUUUAAA